UUGAACUAGAAGCUUCGGAAACCCUAAAAUGGCGGCUGAAAAUGCUACGAACUCCGGCGCCACUAUCAAGUUUCUCUGCAGUUACGGCGGAAAAAUCCUCCCUCGUUCUAUCGACGGUAGGCUCCGUUACGUCGGCGGUCUCACCAGAGUCAUCUCUGUCGACCGAUCCAUCUCCUUCCCAGAGCUGAUGGUGAAACUGGGAGAAUUCUGCGGAUAUUCCGUUGACCUGAAGUGCCAAUUACCAAACGGAGAUCUCGAGACGCUGAUCUCCAUCAAGUCCGACGAUGAUUUGGCUAACAUAAUCGAGGAGUACAAUCGCGUCUUCGGUGGCAAGAUCCGAGCAAUUUUGUCCCAUCCGAUAUCGCAUAAGCAUGAAUCUCCGCCGUCGAGCAGCAAUCGAUCUCCGGAAUCGCCGUUCUCCGCCGAUGCCUCUCCAGCUCCCGGGAUGGGGAUAUUUCUAAAUCCUCGGUGUUGUUGGCCACCGGCAGAAAUGCCCAGCAGAUUCCGGCGAAGAUUUGCGGGAACUCAUUGUUGCAACUGCAGGCUCCAUAGAAACGCUAGGCUGAUCUGGCCUUAACGUAGAGUGGAACCCCAAAAACGCCAUAGAAGGAAUAAGAAUUUAAUAAAAUAAGAAAAAUCUGGUUGAAUUCUUGUCUUAGGAGUUUCAUAAUGCGGUUGUAAGAAAAAAUUUUAAAAAAAAAAUCAUCAUAUUAUGGUCGGGAGGGUGAUAAACGGAGGGGAAUUUUACUCAAAUAGCCGAGUUGAGUCGCAACAAUUUCUGAGUACACCUAAAAAAUAGACAGAAUUAUCAAAUAUCGAGUUUACCCCUGUAAAAAAUAGAAAAGACCUACAAACCCUUACUGAAACCCGCGUGUGAGGGUUUAACACGUGCGAAAUUUUUUUAAUUCGAAUUAAAUGAAAAACUAGUGAAAAUGUUUAGUUAAAAUCGUAAAAAAGAAAGUUAGGGUUUUUUACCCUUUCAAAAUCGAAAACGGCAAAGAGAAGAGAAAGCGAGGGAGGGAAAGUGACUCAUGCGAAAUCGACAGAAGGAAACGAAUCGAGAGUCGAAAUCGAAGCGAAAUCAGCGGAGUGCCAGCGAAAGCAGGAAGAAAGCGAUGAAACUCAGAAAAAUCGAGAGCCAGACGAACAAAAUGAAGCCAUCGUCGUCGAGGGAAGGAGAUCGCGGUCGAGGUCGAGGUCGAGUCGGUGCUGGAACCAGAGUGGUGUCGAGGUUUGCCGGCGAGAGAACGCAGACGGAGGCUGAGGCGGAGAAUACGGACACGGAGACAGAGCCGGAGCCAGAAAGAACAAUGGAGGGAAAUGCUUCUCCGAAAACACAUGUAAGUAGAAAUCUGGGUUUAGGGUUUUCAUGUUGGAAUUAGAUUUAAAUCUGGGUUUUUAAAGUCUGGGUUAAAGGGGAGUGUGAUGUCGGAUAAUGCGAAGAGUUGAACAGAUUUGGUGAA